AUGGAAAUAAAAAGGGUGGCUAUCCUGAUCAUCUCCGACGAAGCCUCCGAGGAUUCUAGCUUGGACCGUGCGGCUAGAGCUCUUGCGCCUAUCCUGGCCAAGGAGGAAAAGUGGGAACUCUCCGCAAUUCGCAUAGUUCCGAACAACGUUCGCCAGAUCCAGCAAGCAGUUUGCGACUGGACGAGUGGACCCAAUUGGCACCAUCUAGUUCUGCUUAGUGCUGCGACAGGCUUAGCAGCCAAAGACAAUACUCUCGAGGCCGUCACUUCCUUGAUUCACCGACACGCCCCGGGUCUAGUCCAGGACAUGAUCGCUGAGUCUCUGAAAUCCACUCCAUUCGCAAAGUUGGAAAGACCUGUUGGUGUUUGUGACAAAACUUUGAUUGUCAGUUUACCAGGGUCACCCAAAGGAGCCAUGGAGAAUCUUGAAGCCGUUAUGAACCUCCUCCCUCGUGUCAUCCCGCAGAACCCUCGUCUACCACAACCUCAACUUCAACCCUAUCACCAUCACCACCAUGCCCAUGGCCAUCCCAUCCGCAAACCACACACAUCUCCACAAGACCGUCCCCGAUCCAAAUCCAACAGACCCGCCAUGGGCCUCAAUCAGCGCUACCGCCCUUGUGCCAAUCCUAUGCUUUCGGUAGAGGAAGCAUUACGCGUGAUCCGCGAGCAAACCCCUGCACCCAUUGUGGUCGAAACCCCUGUCACCACUUCCAUCAUCGGCUCCAUCAUUGCCGAAGAUGUCUAUGCCAGCGAGAUGGUACCGUCGUACCCCACCAGCCUUGUUGAUGGCUACGCCAUCAUUGCUGAAGGAGGCAAAUCCACCAAUGCCAUUUUCCAUAGCGCUUCGAUCACCCUCCCCAACAUCAGCGGAGCCUUCGAGCCCCUACAUCCAGGAACCAUUGCUAGAAUUACCACCGGCACGUCCCUCCCUCCCAAUGCCAACGCCGUGGUUAUGUUCGAUGACACAGCAUCCUCAACCCUAGAUGGCCAAGACGAAGAAAUUGUCGAAAUCCUGGCCGAUGAUAUCGUCCCAGGUGAAAAUGUCAGCGAGCCCGGCAGCGAAGUUGCGCUCAACUCAAAGAUCCUUUGUCGUGGCGACCUUAUCUCCCCAGUCGGCGGCGAAAUAGGUCUGCUGGCUGCCACGGGCACGCGAACUGUCAAAAUAUUCAAGAAGUGCCGGGUGGGCGUUCUCAGUAUCGGUGGCGAUCUCGUGGAGCAUUCGAACCCGUCUACCCUCGUUAGAGGCCAGAUACGCGACUCUAACCGUCCAUCCCUCCUAUCCUGCCUAGCUUCCUGGGGCUUUGAGACCGUGGACCUUGGCCUGGCCCGUGAGAUUGCAGCAGGCGAGGUCGAACACACCCUUCGUGACUCCCUAUACGGUGUAGACCGUGCAUUCUCUGGCGUGGACGUGCUCGUAAUCACCGGCAGCAUGUCCCUGGGUAAGCUAGACUUCACUCCCAUCAUUGAGAGUACACUCGGUGGCACCAUUCACUUUGACCGUGUCUCCAUGAAACCCGGCAUGACCACUACCUUCGCGACGGUACCAUUCAAGGCCACCACAGCCGAUGCAGCUACCGCGAAGGUCCGGCAGAAGCACGCUUCAAAGCUGAUAUUUUCGCUCCCUGGAGACCCAGCCUCGACGCUAGCUACCCUCAACCUCUUCGUCCUGCCUUCCCUCCAAAAGUUUGCCGGCCUAGGCGAGUCUUCCCAGGCUAUCGCUACCAAGCCGGGGCUUACGCCGCAACUGGGUCUCCCUCGGGUUGCGGUCGUCUUGACACACCACUUCCCCCUCGACCCUAAGCGCACCGAGUACCACCGUGCUGUCGUGACGGGCUCUCGUUCGGACGGCCGACUAUAUGCUACGAGCACUGGCGUUAAUUCCGUAGGCAGUCUUUCCAAGGCUAAUGCUCUAGUUAUACUCCGUGCGGGGCGGGGUGUUGGGAUCAAGGGUGAAAUCGUGGAGGCGAUGAUGAUGGGUCCUGUCUAUGCCUCCGAUACCCGCAUUAUUUGCUAA